CCAUCCCCGGGGACACAGCGGGACCCCCCCGCACCGCGUGUCCCCACAAAACCGCGCCUCUGCGCCUUGGGGCUGGGCGUUUGCCAAGGGUGGGGCCCCGGGGCGGGUCCCCAAGCUCCCGUCGGGGAUAAAAGGAGCCCGGGGGUGGCCUUGGCGACAGCGAUGGCGAGCUCGUGGAUGCUGCUGCUGGCGGUGCUGGGGGGAGCCUGCGCCCUCCCCGCCCCGGAGCCCUUCGCCUACACCCAGGCGCUGGCCCAGGCUGUGGAUUCCUACAACCAGCGCCCAGAGGUGAAGAAUGCCUUCAGGCUGCUCAGCGCCGAGCCCGAGCCCGACCCGGGCGUGGAGCUGAGCUCGCUGCAGGCAUUCAACUUCAGCAUGAUGGAGACGGAGUGUGCCGCCAGCGCCCGCAGCGACCCCGAGGACUGCGCCUUCAAGGAGAACGGGGUCAUCCAGGAGUGCGUGGCGUCGGUGAAGAUCCGGCAGGAGUCCCCUGAGAUCGACCUGAACUGCUCCGACGCCUCCUCCAACCCAGUUCUGGUCGAGCGUGGCCGCUUCGGGCGAUUCGUGCGCAAAUUCCGGCGCUUCCGACCCAAGAUCAAGGUCCGCGGUGAGGUGCACGUCUCCGUGAGAGUCGGCUGAGCAAUAAAGGGGCCACCAGGAUUGGCUGUGUGAACA